AUGAAUUGCCAAGAAUGCAUUGAAACUCGAAGACACUGUGGCAUCUGGUUGACGUUAUUCCGUUGGUUCUUUUUCGCACGUGGCACAAUUCCAUUACCGAUAAGAAACAUUCUGCCUUGCAUAAUAAAUAUUAGCAUUUUAGUCGCUGGAUUCUGGUCCGAAGCCAGCUGGGAAGAAUGGUGGACCUAUGAUGGUAUUUCCGGUCCAGCGUUCUGGGGCUUAAUAAAUCCGCAGUGGUCUCUGUGCAGCAAGGGCCGACGACAGAGUCCCAUCAACAUAGAGCCAGACAAGUUGCUCUUCGAUCCUCACUUGAGACCCGUCCAGGUCGACAAACACAAAGUCGCGGGGUAUCUCCACAAUACCGGACAGUUUUUGGUGUUCAAGGCCGACAAGGACACCAAAACCAGGGUGAACAUCACCGGAGGACCACUUGCGUAUCACUACCAGUUCGAAGAAAUCUACAUCCACUACGGGAUGUCCAACGACCAGGGCUCGGAGCAUCAAGUUAACAACUACGCUUUUCCAGCUGAGAUCCAGGUCUUCGGAUUCAAUGCGGAGUUGUAUCACAAUAUGAGUGAAGCGCAGCACAAAAGCCAAGGACUAGUUGCCAUUUCGCUGAUGGUCCAGCCCAAAAAGCUCCCGUGGGUCAUCUUUCCCUGAAAGAACUGAUGCCGGACACAGACGGAUACAUGACCUACGAGGGAAGCACCACGCACCCAGGCUGCUGGGAGACGACGGUCUGGGUGAUCGUCAACAAGCCCAUAUAUAUGAGUGCUCAAGAGCUCUACGCAUUAAGAAGACUAAUGCAGGGCACCAAAGAAACACCUAAAGCUCCUCUUGGGAACAACCGCAGGCCCAUUCAGCUGCUUCAUCACAGGACUAUCAGGACGAAUAUUGAUUUUCGGAAGGCGCCGGACGCAAAAUGUCCGUCAAUGGUUCCAACCACGCACUACAGAGCAAACACGUGGACCGAUGGAACGAUAAGCCGGAAUUCUUUGUAAUAAAAAAAAAAAAGAUAUCAAAAAUAAAAAAAAAAACUAA